AUGACAAGACAUAGCAAAAAUAAUACGUCAAGUUCCAUUUUUACAUACCAUGAAAGGAAGAAGAUCAAAGAUUUCAACUCACUCAAGCAACGGCUGGGCUCUUCAUCUAUGCGCAAAUUUGAACAAUGUUGGUUGUGUUUGUCAUUUGCGAUCAAACCGGUUACAACACCACUUGGGUACAUAUUUUGUCGAGAAUGUAUCAUAACGAACCUAUCAAAACAAUUAGAAGAUAACAAAAAGAAAAUUAGACGAUGGGAAUUAGAUAUAGAACAACAUAAAGCAACGUUGAAAGAGAAAGAAAAGCUGGAAUUCGAGGAGAGAAAACGUAAAUUUCUUGACGAUAAUCUAUAUGGAUCUGUAUUGGAUAAAAGAAUAAAAACAACAGGACCCAGUAACACAUUUAAAGAAGACAAUAAAGAGGUAGCUAAUAGCUUUUGGACCGGAUCUAAUCCAGGAUCAAAGCCACAGAAAAAGGAAGAAGACGCAGACAAUAUAUUACUUCCUAGGCCGAAAAACAUACUCACAUGUCCCAUAAGUGGUAAGCCGCUGAAGGUUAAAGAUCUCGUAGACCUAAACCCUGAAAGCAUUAGGGGUUCCGAGGAGAAUAAUUCCACUGUUUGGAUUUGCUCCGUAUCAAAAAAACCUAUAUCGCACAAUUUGGCCUGUGUUAUCAAGAAAUCUGGUAAGAUAGUACUGAAAAAGUUCCUGGGUGGAGGAGAAGAUUCUGAAAGGGAUUUGUAUGUUCCCUUAAUACCCGGAGGCACAGGAUUUUCAUCGCACAACAGCGUAGAAGCAACAAAGUUUAGACCAUCUAUGCAGUGA